AUGGGAGAACCCGGGGCCCUGAGGUACUACGUGAAUAUUUCAACACCUGGAGUUAUUCUUCCUAACGAAACAUCUGGGCGAGACUCUCCCCUGCUAGGAAGACUUACGGACUUCCUGGGCCAGAAUGGUGAAGACCACUCCCUGCUCUCCAUCUGCUCCUGCCCUGGGGCCAUGUUCCAGGUUGACCAGUGCAGCCAACGGAUCUGCUCCACCUGUCAUCCACCAGAUCCUGGACCCGCUGCGAGGGAGCCACGACCGCUCAACCGGACGGACCUCUUAUACGGCCCCAGCAUCAGGGAAAAUCUUGGAAGAAGCUGGCCGUCUGAGGGCUCCGGUAUCUCCAAGUGCCUCCGGUCUCCCUGGGCCCAUCCGAGGAACCUCCCAGCUCCGGCCACCUUCUGCUUGAGCUACCACCAAUCGGACCAUUCAGCUGCGGCCACCGUUUGCGGAUGCCCUCACUGCUUCUUACCAACCCAAGGCUCGGGUUUCUGGGAGAUUACCUCAGUCUCGCCUUGUCUUCUUCCUCCAGGGGAAUUCUCCGCAGGCAUGGGACAGACCAGGCUGCUGGGCCUGGUGGCCCUGGGGCUGAUGCUGGGAGCCUCCUGCCAGGCACAUCCCGAGACUUGGUGUUAUGACCUUCCAAAAUGUGGCCCCAAAACCUGGCCCCGGAAGUUCUGCGCGGGCCGGAGCCAGUCCCCGGUCGCCCUGUGGGUGGACCAGUCUGUCCCGGCUUUCCACUCCAAAGUCCUGAAGAUGUCUGGCUACGAGGACGCAACUCUGCCAAUCAAAGUCACCAACAACGGCCACUCAGUGAACGUGAACCUGAGGUCCGGGGCCUGGCUGCAGGGAGGAGGGCUCAAGGGGAAUUACGCCGUCCAGAGCUUCCACCUGCACUGGGGGAAGGAGCUGGACAUCCCAGGGGCAGAACACCUGCUGGAAGGGACCCGGGCCUCCAUGGAGCUCCAUGUGGUUCACACCAAAGACGGCCUACCCAUGAACAAGGCGGUGAAACAGAAAGAUGGACUGGCCGUGCUAGCCUUCAUGGUCAAUGUCUCGGAUACAAACGCUUCGGAAGCUUCAUGGAACAACUUCACCUCCUUCCUCGACCUCGUCCCAGAGAAAGAUGAUGAACAACCGGUCAUCGGCAACUUCUCCCUGAAGGGACUCCUGGGUGCCGUGAGCACCACGUCCUACUUCCUCUACCGGGGCUCGCUCACGACGCCCCUCUGCCAGGAGGUCGUCUUGUGGGCCGUGUUCAGACAGCCCAUCCUCGUCUCCCCAGACGUGGUCCGGAACUUCACAUCCAGCCUCUUCUACACCACAGCCUCCGAGGGGAGGCGAAUGGUCAACAACUUCCGCCCGCUGCAGCCCUUAGGUCGACGCAGGGUCCUACGGCUGUGAAUCCCGAUGA